UUGGGUAUAACAGGUGCAUGAUUAUGGGACACGGCAUGAGAUGAAAGGUUUUAUUUAGGUUGUAAAUCAAACAGUAGCUCCAAAGCAGAGCGUAAAUCCCCUUAGUUUAGAGUUUCUGGACGAUAUUUUGCAGAGGUAUAACAGGCCUGCAGUGUGCUCAACACAUCCGACACGCCCAAAUGGCUUUCCAUCUGCUACAGCUGGAUCUAUUCUUAAAGGGGAGGGCAGCAUAUGGCAAAGUGUGAGUCCAGUCGGCCUUAUAGGAAAGAGAAGGUUGUUUUAUAUAUAUAGGUAGGAUUCAUUCUAGCUUAACCUGUCAGUAGCUCACGGAUGUAGUUAAUUUUCUCUGUAACUGUGGUGCAUAGCGGCUGCGAAGCAACGGCCCUUGGACAGCAGAGAGUUCCCCUUAAAGCAGUCAAGACCUGCCCUUUAAUUCAGCCAGCUCCUCUGCCAUGUACACACUGUCGGCAUAAUACAACAGCGGGACCCUCGGCUACUACAUCCCCCAGUCUCCUUCUCUGUCCGCCGUGGCUUCUAGGAGUUACUCGCCCCUGCCAUGCACCGGGUCACCUCGCUACUGCUUACCCUGCUGUUCGUUCUCCUGCCGGGCCGGAGCUGGGGCUAUUUCCCCGAGGAGCGCUGGAGCCCCGAGUCUCCGAUCCUCGCUCCCCGGGUCGUUAUCGCGCUGGUCUGUCGCAACUCGGCGCACUCUCUGCCGCUGUUCCUCGGAACCAUCGAGCGCCUGAACUACCCGAAGGACCGCAUUGCGCUGUGGGUGGCGACAGACCACAACAUAGAUAACACUACAGCCAUCCUAAGAGAGUGGCUCAUCAAGGUCCAGAGUUAUUACCACUAUGUGGAGUGGAGACCCGAAGAUGAACCCAGUGCCUUUGAAGAUGAGGUGGGGCCCAAGCACUGGAAUAAUCUCCGUUAUGAACAUGUAAUGAAGCUCCGUCAGGCAGCGCUGGACACUGCCCGUGAGAUAUGGGCAGACUAUCUUCUGGUGGCCGACUGUGACAAUCUGCUCACCAAUCAGGAUGUGUUGUGGAAGCUGAUGAGGGAAAACAAGACCAUUGUAGCUCCCAUGUUGGAGUCCAGAGCUGCAUACUCCAACUUCUGGUGCGGCAUGACCUCACAGGGUUACUACAGGCGCACACCAGCUUAUAUGCCCAUCCGCAGGCAGGAGCGUCGUGGCUGUUUUCCUGUACCAAUGGUCCACUCUACCUACUUGAUGGACCUUAGAAAAGAGGCCUCCCGUCAGCUGGCCUUUUAUCCACCACACCCAGAAUACAGUUGGGCCCUGGAUGAUGUCAUUGUCUUUGCCUAUUCAGCUCGCAUGGCAGAUGUGCAGAUGUAUAUAUGCAACAAGGAGACUUAUGGGCAUUUCCCAGUGCCAAUGCGUUCUCAUGCUACCUUGCAGGAUGAAGCAGAGAGCUUUUUGCAUACUCACCUUGAAGUCAUGGUAAAAAAUCCUCCAUUGGAGCCCUCCAGCUUCCUGUCUCUUCCUCCCAAGCAGCCUAACAAGAUGGGCUUUGAUGAGGUGUUUAUGAUAAAUCUGGUGCGGAGAGCUGACCGUCGUGAGCGAAUGCUGAGAACUCUGUACGAGCAGGAGAUCAGCUGUAAGGUUGUUGCUGCUGUGGAUGGCAAAGCUCUGAACAAGUCUCAUCUAGAGUCUAUGGGGAUUAAGAUGCUGCCAGGAUACAAAGACCCUUAUCACGGUCGACCUCUAACCAAGGGUGAACUGGGUUGUUUCUUGUCUCAUUACAACAUCUGGAAGGAGAUAGUAGACCGAGGUCUCCAGACUUCUCUGGUCAUCGAGGACGACCUCCGCUUUGAAGUGUUCUUCAAACGUCGCCUUCAGGCACUGCUGCAGGAAGUGACAUCACACAAGCUGGACUGGGAUCUCAUUUAUAUUGGGCGGAAACGAAUGCAGGUGCACCAUCCAGAGAAGUCGUUACCAAACAUCCACAAUCUGGUGGAGGCCGACUAUUCCUACUGGACUCUUGGCUACAUGUUGUCGUUACAAGGAGCCAAGAAGCUCCUCGGGGCAGAUCCUCUAAGCAAGAUGCUGCCUGUUGACGAGUUCCUUCCUGUCAUGUACAACAAACAUCCAGUAUCAGAGUACAUGGACCACUUUGAGCGUCGGGACCUGCAUGCAUUUUCUGCUGAGCCGCUUCUGGUGUAUCCAACCCAUUACACAGGAGACCCGGGCUACAUCAGUGACACGGAAACAUCAGUAGUCUGGGACAACGAGUCUGUCAGGACCGACUGGGACCGAGCCAAGUCCAGGAAAACUCAGGAGCAAGAAGAGCUGAGUUUUGAAGCCCAAAACUCUGACGUAUUGCAAUCUGAACUGGAGAACUGGAGUGCACGGGACGAGCUGUGAUGAAGGAGGGAAGAUUUGAGGAGGAGUUAGAGAGAAAGAAUUCUGGCAUUCAGAGAUAAGACUGAGGGAAAUAGAGCAAAGCUGUGAUAGUGGGAGGAAAUAGAAAAUAUGGGGGGAAUCUAACAAAGCGGUGGAAUAAAGGAGUCAUAGUGGAACAGAUGGACAAUGGGCUGAUGAGGAACAAAUUAUUUUUCCUUAAACAUUUCUCUCUUCACUAUUGAAUCUUUCUCUUGAGAGAGGAGGUUAGAUGUAGAGUUAACUCUUGAAGAGUCAGCUGUCAGCUUUUGUUUUAUUUAUUACAUCCCAUAGACGUCCCUUGACCACUGCUGGUCUCUUAAUAGUUUUUAACAUGAGAAUUUCACAUGCAGUUUUGCAUGUCUCUAAAAGACACUCCAGUAAUAUUUCAACUGUCCAGAGCAAUUUCAACAAUACUUUCCUUAAAUCACACGUUAAAGCUGCAGUAUGUUCUGAGUUAAAAUGUGACCUCCUAAAGAAUAACAAGGUUAUAUUACGUUUCUUCUUCUACUGUCUAAAAUUCUCUCUCUGGAGAAAACAAUCACCAAAACAUUUCCCAAUAUGGUUCCCAGCAUGUUUGGCCACUUAUCCGUCUUCACUGGAUGGAUCCGUUCCACCAAGAGACUUUAGGUCAUUCAUUAGUUUCAGUUUAACAGCUUUUGGAGUUUAGAAGGACUAAAAUAAACCAGCAAAUCUAAAAAAUAAGAAAAACCAUAUUAACAUAUUGAUAAAUGAUAUCAAUAUAUAUCAAUUUCCUGUAAAUUCAUGUCGUGAAACUUCAUAUUUAUAUUGUGAUCAAAUCCAGGUUGGGAAAAGAGUGCAUAGGGAAGAUUGUGUGGGCCACUGUGACAUUAGAAAAGUAUUUUGAAUGCUUCAGCUUUUUUUUUUACGGUUUUCAUCCUUUAUUGUCUAAAAUUAACAAUAAUUACAAAAUGAAAGUCAUAAGAAAUCAAACUGUGAUUGAAACCAGUGAGAAGUAGAAGAACGAGUAGCUCUCUGCUGGCCAUUGGGGGGAAAAAUGUCAGUUUAAGAUCAUUCUCACUGGUUUCCUUUUUCAGACCCUGAGGCUACAUUCAUCUUUCAUAUUCAGUCUGUGGCUGGGGAUCACCUCUGUUCGCCUUUUCUGACUCUUAAUACCUUGAUCUUUAAUUUAGGCCCAAGCAGCCAUUGUUAUUUACUACAUGUUAUGUUUUGGGAGAUUAAUUUUAGGCUUACUUAUUUGUAACUGAUGAAUGUAUCUGUUUUACCUGUUACCAAAGGAUUUGUUCACACUUGAAUAACAGCAGGAUUGAUUUUUGUAUUUCCUUAGUUCUCAGCUCAUAUUGCAGUUUUA